UCGCGAAAACACACACCGUUUGAUGGCAGUCCACAAAACAGUGAGAAGGCGGGUGUAUAUAUAGAGCGCCGCGAAAAGAGUUCAUCACCCUCGCACUCGAACCGCGACAGAACAAAGCUGACGCAAUGGCGGCCAUGCUCUGCACCAACACCCCCGCCGCCGCCGCCCUUCCCCGCCUCCCGCGCCGACGCACACCCCAGUGCAACGUCGCGCUCGCCGCUCCGGUGACUGCCCGUCUCUCCAUCCGCCGCCGCAGCCUACGAACUCCAGGGCUGCGCUGCGCCGGCACGGAACUGGGGGUCGCGGAGGCAAUGAAGCUGGCCGCGGCCGUGCCCUUCGGGCAGAGCUUGGUGGCGGUGGACAGCGCCGGCGACGAGGCGGCUGCCAACAAGCUGGGCUUCAAGGAGAUGGCCACAUAUGCCAUAUACGGCACCGGUGCUUUCUUCGCUGGAUGGGUUUUGUCCGCUGUUGUUUCAGCAAUUGACUCCAUCCCCUUGCUCCCAAGGAUACUGGAGAUGGUGGGCCUCGGAUACACGGUUUGGUUCAGCUCUCGGUAUCUUCUUUUCAAGGUGUGUAUCUAUUUGCCUCAAAAACAGAGAGGAAUUGUUUGCCAGAGCUUAUGAUCUCAAAAUGAGAAUUGUUGGACCCCGCGAUGCAUGAUGUGUUCACAUGUGGUUGGGCGUCUGAGUGUAAUUUCUCUCUCGUUUUGAGAGAAAUACUAUAAGUUGUCUGUUUUAAAAAUAUGUCAUUGAAGUUGUGAUGUAGUGUUCGUACUGUUUUAAAAAUAAUGUAUGGCGUGUUUCUUAGAGCAAGUAAGGCUCAUGUUGGACAUGGCUAGGCCAAAUAUUUCCAACAGUUACCCCCUUUUAUGCACAGCAUGGAUGAAGGCUUA